GGAUCAUUUAGGUGAUGUGCAUGCAGAGUAGGCGGAGCUUAGCAGUUUUGGGUUAAUGAAGUAGGUCGGUGCUGAAAGUGUGACAGGAUCAUUGCGAGCUGACCGCGAGUACGAUAUGGCACUAAACCUGAUUAUCAACAGCAGCAACCCACCUUUAGGGGCGCUGUUGGCUGCAGAACAUGUGAAAGGCAGUGUCAAUCUUUCUGUUGAGGAGGGUAAAGACACAAAGCUUCUUGUGUCUGAUAAGGUGCAGUUCAGUGACGUGAACUCCAUCACACGAUAUCUCGCCCGAGUGGCUCCAGCAUUGGGACUGUACGGUUCUAACUUGAUGGAGCAAACUGAGGUUGAUCAUUGGCUGGAGUUCAGUGCCCGUCGUCUCUGUGGUCAGUCAGAUCUUUCUAAUGGUCUGCUUGAGCUGGAUAAAGCUCUGGCGCUGAGAACCUUUCUUGUAGGUCACAGUGUGACAUUGGCUGACCUCUCUGUGUGGGCUGCUCUCAAAGGUAAUGGCGAAUCACACAUCAAGUCAAACUCAUACCCACAUCUGUGCCGCUGGUUUUCCUUCCUGAGCUCUCAGGUGCCAUUCAGUUCUGUGGGCAGUAAAUGGGCAAGCAAGAUCACUGCCAGCAAAGCCACUGCUGUGCAAAAGGAGAAGAAACAGGAUUUGGGAAAGUUUGUGGAGCUUCCUGGGGCUGAGGAGGGCAAAGUUGUCGUGCGCUUUCCCCCGGAGGCUAGUGGGUACCUGCACAUUGGCCAUGCCAAGGCAGCUCUGCUCAACCAGCACUACCAGGUUACUUUCAAGGGCAAGUUAAUCAUGCGCUUUGAUGACACCAACCCUGAGAAGGAGAAGGAGGACUUUGAAAAGGUGAUCCUGGAGGACGUAGCCAUGCUACAAAUCAAACCAGACCAGUUCACCUACACAAGCGAUCACUUUCCCGCCAUCCAGCGGCUGGCAGAGAAACUUCUGCAGGAGGGCAAGGCCUACAUAGAUGAUACGCCUCCAGACGUCAUGAAGCAAGAGAGAGAGCAAAGAAUUGAGUCGCAUAACCGCAGUAACUCGGUGGAGAAGAACAUGCAGAUGUGGGAGGAGAUGAAGAAAGGAACUGAGUAUGGCCAAACCUGCUGCAUGAGAGCAAAGAUUGACAUGAACUCCAACAACGGCUGUUUGCGUGACCCCACAUUGUACCGCUGCAAAAAUGCUCCUCAUCCACGCACUGGAAGCACAUACAAAGUGUACCCCACAUAUGACUUUGCUUGCCCAAUCGUGGACAGCGUUGAGGGUGUGACGCAUGCCUUGCGUACCACCGAGUACCACGACAGAGACGAGCAGUUCUACUGGGUAAUAGAUGCGCUGGGUAUACGUAAACCCUUCAUCUGGGAGUAUGCCAGACUCAAUCUUAACAACACUGUGCUCUCCAAGAGGAAGCUCACCUGGUUUGUCAAUGAGGGCUAUGUGGAUGGCUGGGAUGAUCCUCGUUUCCCCACAGUCAGAGGUGUUUUGCGAAGAGGAAUGACUGUUGAGGGACUUAAACAAUUCAUUGCCGCUCAGGGAGGUUCAAGAUCUGUAGUCAACAUGGAGUGGGACAAGAUUUGGUCAUUUAACAAAAAGCUGCCAGUUAGCUGUAAAAAGGUCAUUGACCCAGUAGCCCCUCGAUACACUGCCCUGCUAAGCUCUCAGGUCGUUCCAGUCCACGUUUCUGAAGCCAAGGAGGAGAUGAAAGAGGUCGCCAAACAUCCCAAGAAUGCAGAUGUGGGAAUGAAGCAGGUGUGGUUCGGGCCAAAGGUCUUUAUUGAGGGUGCUGAUGCCGAAACGUUCACAGAGGGUGAGAUGGUCACCUUCAUCAACUGGGGUAACCUUAUCAUCACCAAAAUCCACAGGGACAGCAGUGGAGUGAUAUCAUCAAUAGAGGCUCGGCUAAACCUGGAGAACACAGAUUAUAAAAAGACCACUAAGAUCACCUGGAUUGCUGACACCGCCCAUGCCCCCCUUGUGCCCACUGUAUGUGUGAACUACCAGCAUCUCAUUACCAAACCAGUCCUAGGCAAAGACGAUGAUUUCAAGAGUUACAUUAACAAGAAUAGCAAGAUGGAGGAGAAGAUGCUGGGAGAUCCUUGCCUUAAAGAUUUGAAGAAAGGUGACAUUAUACAGCUGCAGAGGCGGGGCUUCUAUAUCUGUGAUCAACCCUAUGAGCCAAUCAGCCCUAACAGCUGUAAGGAGAGUCCCUGUGUCCUGUUUUACAUCCCAGAUGGACACACAAAAGAUAUGCCCACUGCUGGAUCCAAGGACAAGAGCAAAAGCCAGGCUUCUGCUAAACCAGCCGAGUCUGCUGCUCCCAGUAAAGCCAAACAAGCUUCGACCACCAGUCCAUCAUCAGCCAGUUCAGGAGAUGCUCCUGCCGUGUUCUCUAGUAUUGUGGCUCAGGGAGACCUAGUCAGGCAGCUUAAGACGGAUAAAGCCCCUAAAGAUCAAGUUGACGCCGCUGUGAAGCAGCUCAUGGCCCUCAAGGCUGAGUUCAAACAGCUCACCGGACAGGAGUACAAACCUGGCAUGACACCGCCCACUUCUGCUCCAGCACUAAAGAGCUCCGCCCCCACUCCUGCAGGAGGUAGUCCAAGUCCUGUUUCCUCUUCAUGUCCUUACACUCGCGUUGCAGAACAAGGGGAGGUGGUUCGAAAACUGAAAGCAGAAAAGGCACCCAAGGAGCAAAUAGAUGCAGCUGUGAAACAACUUUUGGCUUUUAAAGCGGAGUUUAAACAGCUUACUGGUCAGGACUAUAAACCAGACAUGGGUCCACCCACAGCUCCAUCCCAUUCUGCACCUUCGUCUGACUCCUCCUCCUCUGCUGCCUUAUAUGCACGCGUAGCUGACCAAGGAGACGUGGUUAGAAAGCUGAAGACUGAGAAAGCACCAAAAGAACAGAUUGAUGCAGCAGUAAAGCAACUUGUGUCUCUAAAGGCAGAGUAUAAAAAGGUGACGGGCCAGGAUUACAAGCCAGGAGCUCCACCAGCUGGUGCUUCUCCAUCAGCUCCAGCACAGCCUGCCAGCACCACACCUGCCGUGUCAAGCACCUCGGACAGCUCCCCUGUGCCUAUUUAUGAACGUGUAACUCAACAAGGUGAACUUGUGAGGAAGUUGAAAACAGACAAGGCACCCAAGGAUCAGAUAGAUGCUGCUGUCAAGCAGUUGCUCAGUCUUAAAGCUGAGUACAAGCAGCAAACUGGACAGGAAUACAAACCAGGCGUGCCUCCUUCGACAGGCCCUGCCCCUUCAAAAUCUCCCCCCACCCAACAAUCAACAAGCUCCUCCCAACCUCAGUCCAGCUCCUCCCCUCAGGCUCAAGCGCUGUUUGCAGAUAUAGCCCAGCAGGGGGAGCAAGUGAGACGGCUCAAAGCAGAGAAAGCUCCUAAGGAGCAGGUGGAUAAAGCAUUGAAGACUCUGCUGGAGCUGAAAGGUCAGUAUAAAGCCCUCACCGGAGAAGAGUACAAACCCGUGACAACACCAGGAGGACACACGGGAGGAGAAGACAAGAGCCGCAAGGAGCGAGAGAACAAGUCUGAGAAGCAGGGAGGAGGUGGAGGCGGUGGAGGACGCAAGCAGCAGAAGGGAGGAGAGAAACCUCAAGGUCAAGAUGCUGCAGCAGGUGGAUCAGGAGAUGGCCAGGGGCCAAAGAAACAAACACGGCUUGGACUAGAAGCCAAAAAAGAGGAAAACCUGGCUGAUUGGUAUUCGCAGGUGAUCACCAAAGCUGAGAUGAUUGAGUACUAUGACGUCAGUGGAUGUUACGUCUUGAGGCCCUGGUCUUUCGCCAUCUGGGAUGCCAUCAAAGAAUUCUUUGAUCGUGAGAUCAAGAAGCUGGGUGUGGAGAACUGCUACUUCCCCAUGUUUGUUUCUCAGGCUGCCCUGGAGAAAGAGAAAACCCAUAUUGCAGAUUUCGCUCCAGAGGUUGCUUGGGUGACAAGAUCAGGAAAGACAGAACUGGCUGAGCCCAUCGCUGUGCGUCCCACUAGCGAGACGGUGAUGUACCCCGCUUAUGCCAAGUGGGUUCAAUCACACAGAGACCUGCCAAUCAAACUCAACCAGUGGUGCAACGUUGUGCGUUGGGAGUUCAAGCACCCACAGCCCUUCCUGAGGACCAGAGAGUUCCUUUGGCAAGAGGGACACACAGCAUUUGCUACAAAGGAAGAAGCCACAGAGGAGGUUAUGCAGAUCCUAGAACUGUAUGCUCGGGUGUAUGAGGAGCUGAUGGCCAUUCCUGUGGUCAAGGGCAGAAAGACAGAGAAGGAAAAGUUUGCAGGAGGAGACUACACCACUACUGUGGAGGCUUUCAUCUCAGCCAGCGGCAGAGCUAUUCAGGGGGCCACAUCUCAUCACCUGGGCCAGAACUUCUCAAAGAUGUUUGAGAUUAUCUUCGAAGACCCUAAAAAACCAGGUGAGAAGCAGUUUGCCUACCAGAACUCAUGGGGAAUCACGACACGUACCAUUGGAGUCCUAACAAUGGUUCAUGGUGACAACAUGGGCCUGGUGCUGCCACCCAAAGUAGCAUGUUUACAGGUGAUCAUCAUUCCUUGUGGAAUAACAGCCACGCUACCAGAAGCAGAGAAAGACCUUAUAUUGGCCCAGUGCUCCAAAUAUCUUUCCAGGUUGCAGAAGGCCGACAUCAGAGUGAAGGCAGACCUACGUGACAACUACUCACCUGGCUGGAAGUUUAACCAUUGGGAGUUAAAGGGUGUACCCAUAAGGUUGGAGGUUGGGCCAAAGGACUUAAAGAAGGGCCAGUUUGUUGCAGUAAGGAGAGACACGGGAGAAAAGAUCACCAUACCAGAGGCUGACACGGAGAAGAAAAUAGCAAACCUUCUUGAUGAGAUCCAGAACAAUCUUUUUAAGAAGGCGUCUGAUGACCUGAAGAAGCACAUGGUUGUAGCAGACAGUAUGGAACAAUUCCAGAAAGAACUGGACCAGGGAAAAAUUGUACAGAUACCCUUCUGUGGAGAAAUAGAGUGUGAGGACUGGAUUAAGAAGACAACAGCCAGGGAUCAAGAUCUGGAGCCUGGGGCACCUUCAAUGGGAGCAAAGAGUCUGUGUAUCCCCUUUGAACCCUUGAAGAAACUGCAGCCCGGUCAGAUGUGUGUUUGUGGGAAAAAACCCGCCCAGUUCUACACAAUGUUUGGUCGUAGUUACUAAGACUGUCAUUUAUGUCUGUACCAAACUAGUGGCUUCCUUUUAACAAAUGUACUAGCAAGAUUCGUUGUAACUUAGAACUGUCAUCUCUAAACGUUCAAAAUACUGCUGUCUAUAACAUUUAGGAGGAGUUCCUUUAUUUUUCUGGUCAUAUUUUAAAAGCUAAAUAGGCAGUUUGAGGCUGAGGUAUUCUCUGUGGCUAAACCUUUGCACAUCUUUGUCCUUUAUUAAACAAAAAUUGCCUCUAAUAAAUUAAAGAAUUCUGACUUUC